AUCGUAUUUAUUUCCCAUUUAAUUUAUUAAUUUAUCAUUUAAAUUUAAUGUGUAAAGGCAUGUUUGUUGACCUGAAACUUUCGGGUCUUGUUGGUACCUUCAUGCCUUACACAUUUGGUCUAUUUUAGCCUUAAAUUAAAGCCUGUUUUAUCUUAAUUGAGGAUAAAGUCGUUUUAGCCUGGAUUCCUCCUGCAGUGUGCAUUUUGGUGCUUAGGCUGAGGGUCAAAUGCAUGCCCAUAGAGUCGUUGAUAUUCAGAAAAUUGUAAUAGUUGUCGUCUUAAACUUUAGAAGAUAGCUUUAAUUUUUAAUUUACUAAAAAUUUUCAGCAAAUAGGAUAUGUUUGACUGCUGUUCUGGCGCAAAUUUUUUGGAAGCUGAGGAAACUUUUCUCAACCACAAAACAGUUUUAGAGGAGGCCGGCGUUAACACCAACGAACUCAACGGACUUGAUGCCACUCACUAUCAAAUUCUCGAACCCAUUACCCAGACUAGGGUGAUUGAGGUGGAGAAGGAGUAUGUUGAGGAGAAGAUUGUUGAGGUUCCUGAGGUCCAGGUGGUUGACAAGUAUGUGGACGUUGACGUGCCUGUUGUAAAGUACAAGCCUGUUUACAAGAAGAAGGAAGUUGUCGUUGAGCGUGUUAAGCACGUCCCUAAGAUUAUCUACGAGGAUAAGAUUGUGGAGGUUCCGCAGGUACAGUACGUUGAAAAGGAGGUCGACGUUCCUCAGUACGUUACCAAGGAGCGAAUAGUAAAGGAACCGAAAGUCAUGGUCGUCGAACGCGUUAUUCCCAUCCUUAAGGUUAACAAGGCCAAACAUGCCAAGGAAGUUGAAGGCGAAGGCCACGAAUACCUCGAGGACUCCUACGAAGGCGAUUAUUAAUCCUCAAUCACUAAUGCCCAAGUUUAAAACUGAUAUUUAAUUUUAACUUUAAUUUUAUUUUAACAUUUAA